UCUCGUUUUAAACUGUAAUAUCCUGUAGAUAUUAAAAAAGACAGAGGAUACCGCUAUGGUAAACUAAAAGUGGUGGCUCUGUAUGCGUGUCACCUUGUUGACCAACAACAACAAUAUUUCAACGCUUCGCUCGUCGCAAAAAGAAUCAAAAACGAAAUUACUAAAAAGAGACCAAAAAGUCAGGCUGUGAUCUGAAUAUUGAUGACACGAUGGAAGUGAGUGCAGAAAAAGAAGCCAAUAACGAUGCCAUUGGUAGUGUUGGAAGUUCAGUGGGAAAUAGCCAUGACGGUUCUUUAACGACUGAAACUGGUGUGGAACGUAUCAAAAAUGGUAACGAAUUGGUAGCAUGUGAAGAAAAAUUAGCAGACAAUGAAGACUCCACGGUUGCAGAAUGUACAAUAUCCCCUGAUGUUCCAAUGACAGAUGAAGAGUCAAAACCUACAGAAAGUCCCAAAUGUGACCAACAUGUAAAUUCUAAGAAGACUUCUGUGAUUCAGGAUGAAUAUUCCUACAUCAAAAGAGAUGAGUUCACUUCUGAGAUUUUCAAGAUAGAAAUACAAAACUUACCAAGGUUUGGUUUCUCUGAACUGAAAAGGAAGCUGGUCAACCUUGACCUGAACCCAAUCAAAGUGAAAGGUUUCCCACACAAAGGUUUUGCUUUCGUCACGUUCAGGGAUGAAGAAGCACGUGAGAAAGCUUUGAACAUUUUGAAUCGAUUCCAAUGGAAAGGACAUGAUGUCACUGCUAAGAAAUCCCAUCCAACUGCUGAUCCUUUGGUUUUAAAGCGAAAAUCUUUUGGAUUAACCAAUGAUGAGCCUAGUGCUAAGAAGUUUAAGGAAUCUGAAGACUUGGUGGAUGCUAAUGAUGAACUGACCCCCGAUGAAAGAGUCAGAAAAGCUGUGAUGCCACUGUAUGACUUAACAUAUGAGGAACAACUAAAGCGAAAGUUUGAUGAUAUAAAAAACGUUAUGAAACGAUGGACCAAGGAACUCUUACAAAACUGCCCAGAUCUCAAGACAUGGAUCUACGAACAAAAACGACUCUAUUCAGAUAGUAUUUGUGAGAUUCUUGCCAUUCAGCCUUCCCCAUUACUAACUGGUUAUCGUAAUAAGUCAGAGUUUACAAUUGGUACAAACCACGAAGGAUCUGAGAAAAUAGUUGGAUUCCGGCUUGGUAGUUACCGAGAUGGUUCUAGUGCAGUUGGAGAACCAUCUCUUUGUGCUAUCCUACCUGAGGCCAUGAAAAAAGUUGCUAAAGUUUUCCAAGAAUAUGUGCGUCAAAGUAAAUAUUCUGUUUAUGAUGCCCAAACUCACGAAGGAUAUUGGAGGCAGUUGACUGUGAGGACGAGCAGCAGAGGGGAUGUGAUGGCUAUUAUUGAGUUUCAUUCUGUUGAGCUUUCCGACGAGGAAAUUCAAGCUGAGAAAGAGGCAUUGAAGGAGUUUUUCAGUGAGGGUGAAGGAAAAGUGUGUGGUGUGACAUCAUUAUUUUUCAAUUGCGUCACCAAGAAACAAUCAAGCUGUCGGCAAGCAGCGAACUAUGAGCAUCUGAUGGGAAACGAGUGGAUUACUGAAAAUUUAUUGGGUCUGAAUUUUCAAAUUUCUCCCGAUGCAUUUUUUCAAAUCAAUAACCCAGCCACGGCCUUACUUUAUUCUCUUGUUGCUGAUUGGUGUCAACUUGAAAAAGACAGUGUUGUUCUUGAUAUCUGUUGUGGUACAGGUACCAUUGGUCUUACUCUAGCCAAGCAUGUGCGAAGGGUUUUGGGUGUGGAAGUUUGUCCUGCUGCCAUUGAAGAUGCUAAGAAGAAUGCUAAACUAAAUGAUAUUAAAAACAUUGAGUUUCACUGCUCAAGAGCUGAAGAGGCUGCCGAGAAACUGAGAAACUGGUCAAGAGGUCAGAAAGCUGUUGCCAUUGUUGAUCCACCUCGACCUGGACUGCAACCCAGAGUAAUGUAUGCCCUUCGCCGCUGUCAUUUCAUCCAUCGAGUGAUCUACAUCUCAUGUAACCCUGUGGCUGCCAUUCAGAAUUUCACUGACUUAAUGAGGCCGAAGUCACGGAGGAAUAAAGGAGAACCUUUUUUUGCUGUGAAAGCCAUUCCAGUCGACCUUUUCCCACAUACCAAGCACUGUGAACUCGUUGUGAUGUUUGAGAGAAAACAAGAACCAGAGGCAGUUCAGGAACCAGAGAAAGUCUGUGAACCAGAGGCAGUUCAGGAACCAGAGAAAGUCUGUGAACCAGAGGCAGUUCAGGAACCAGAGAAAGUCUGUGAACCGGAAGCAGUUCCUGAACCAAAACAAGUCUGUGAACCAGUGAAAGUUUGCGAACCGGAGGCAGUUAAUGAACCAGAGAAAGUAUGCGAGCCAAAGCAAGUGUGUGAAACGGAGGUGGUGUGUAAACCAGACAACAGUGAUUGUGAAGUGGCAAUGCAGUCUUAACAAUUAUAUGCAAAGUAAAUGAAGUCAGUGGUGAUUAUAAUGCUGAUGAUGAUGAUGAUUAUAAUCAUGACAGUGUAAAUGAUUGAUAUUAUUUUUAAACUAUAUUUCAUAUUUUUUGAUAUGAUGGACAAUCUACAUAUGUCUCUCACCACAUGAACAUAUGAAAAAUAGAACUGUUGAUUUAUGGUUUCCCUGAUCUGUCUUAUGUUUGAGAUAACAUCUGAAGGUUUAAGGUUAGUUUGUGUUUGGCUACUGUAGAAUAUAUAGGGGUGUGGGGAAUCAAAGAAAGUGCUUGGUCUUCCAGGGGACAUAGCCAUGUGUAUUAAGAAGUGUAAUACUGGACAGGGACAUUGCCUCGGCAUGAGAGAUGAGAGUAGAAAAGGAAGAAGUCAAUUUUCAUCACAAACAUGUCUGUUCUUCAUCCUGUUCCAGCUGUAAGUGAACAAAAAACUGGGUCGUAUUUAUAGGACAUUUUCUGUUUAGGGUUCAUAGAAUUGAAUCAGUCACAGCAUAUUGCUUGUCUUCUUGUAAGGAUAACACAGGUGUGACUGGGGUUAAGAAGCUUUGUGACUGUUUCAUAAGGAGAAACUGGAAGAAGUUCAUUGUGUAUGGGUGCGUGUUUUUGUCUUGACAUAGUGUGAUAUUUGUAAAUGAGUGUCACUGUUAUACAAGUGGUGUUGCUUGUUGCCAUCUUUUAUGAAAAUAUGUCUAGUCACACAGAAAUAUUCCCUCGUUUGGAAAUAGGUGAGGGUUAGCAAAGGGAAGAGCAUCCAGCCAUUAAAAAUCUGCCUCAACAAAUUCUACCCAAGCUAUGCAAUCAUGGAAAAGUGGACAUUAAAACAAUGAUGGUGACAGCUUGGGAGUUACAGGUUGACUGGAAUUGAAUGCUGUUGAUUUUGGACCUUUCGGGGAGUGGGGGUUAGGGUUAGGGUGUAAGCAUUAAUAAAGUGAAGUAACUUUCAUUGGGAUUGGAAAUCAGAAUGAGUUCAAUUUAGCAAAAAUAUUUCCUCUAUAGGUUUAGGCCCAUCAAAGAAUAGACCCAGCAUUUCUUCCCUGUGUCAUAAAAGGUGACUAAAAGUGGUCCAAGUAGGAUUUGCACUCCGAUCUCAUAAAGCCCUGGCCACCAAUGAUGACCUAAAACAGACCCUUGAGUUACUCCCAUAUUGCUAUUACUUAUUGGAAUAAAUUGCAGUUUGUGUUACAUUU